AUGCGUGUCUCGCCCUGGAUCCCAUUGUUGCUGCCUCUUGUGGCGGCCGUGCCGCACAAUGCUAUCCUUGACGCUAUUAAUCGUCGCCAAUUACCCCUGGAGCCUACUGGUGUUAAGACAAUUAAAACAGCCAAUAACGUUACGAUUCGCUACAAGGAGCCUGGCAAGGAGGGUGUUUGUGAGACGACUCCCGGUGUCAAAUCCUAUGCCGGUUAUGUCGACCUCUCGCCUACAGAGCAUACUUUCUUUUGGUUCUUCGAGGCGCGCCAUGAUCCUAAAAAUGCACCGAUUACGUUGUGGCUCAAUGGUGGUCCCGGAAGCGAUUCUCUGAUUGGGUUGUUUGAGGAAUUAGGACCUUGUCGCAUUAACAAGGACAAUGAAUCUGAGAUUAACCCUCAUUCGUGGAAUGAGGUUUCGAAUAUGCUUUUCCUGUCUCAGCCGCUGGGUGUUGGCUUCUCAUAUGCCGAAAAGGCGCCUGGUACACUUAACCCUAUUACAGGUGUAUUCGAAGAUGCAGACUUUGCGGGCGUUGAUGGUCGGUAUCCAGUCAUUAAUGCCACCAAGAUUGAUACAACCAAUCUCGCUGCCAAAGCUACCUGGGAGGUCUUGCAGGGAUUCCUGGGUGCUCUCCCCAAGCUGGACUCGAAGAUCAAGUCGAAGAGUUUCAACCUGUGGACUGAAAGUUAUGGAGGACACUACGGCCCUGCAUUCUUCGACCACUUCUACAAAGAGAACGAGAAGAUCGCCAACGGCACUCACAAAGGCAUCCAACUUGAAUUCAACACCCUCGGCAUUAUAAACGGAAUCAUCGACGAAGGAAUCCAAGCCCGUCACUACCCCGAAUUCGCCGUGAACAACACCUACGGCAUCAAGGCUGUCAACGACACAGUCUACAACUACAUGAAAUUCGCCAACGAAAUGCCAAACGGCUGCCAGGACCAAGUCCAAUCCUGCAAACUGACAAACCGCACUUCCCUAGCCGACUUUGCCAUCUGCACCGAAGCAACCAACAUGUGCCGCGACAAUGUCGAGGGCCCUUACUACGCGUUUGGCGAGCGAGGCGUCUACGACAUCCGCCAUCCAUACGCUGACCCAACCCCAGAAGGCUACUACAGCAACUACCUGGCAAAAGACAGUGUAAUGAACGCCCUAGGUGUCGACGUGAACUACACGCAAUCCAACAACGAAGUCUACUUCGCCUUCCAACAAAAAGGCGAUUUCGUCUGGCCCAAUUUCCUCGAAGAUCUAGAAGAUAUCCUCUCCCGCCCCGUCCGCGUCGCGCUUAUCUAUGGCGACGCCGAUUACAUCUGUAACUGGUUUGGUGGGGAGGCCGUUUCGCUGGCCACGAAGUACGAGCAUAGUGCGCAGUUUGCGAAGGCUGGUUAUGCGCCUUUCCGUGUUGGGGGUGUUGAGUAUGGUGAGACCCGGGAAUACGGGAAUUUUUCGUUUACGCGGGUUUAUGAAGCUGGGCAUGAGGUUCCUUAUUAUCAGCCUGUUGCUUCGUUGCAGUUGUUUAAUCGGACUUUGUUUGGGUGGGAGUUGCCGGACGGGGAGAAGAAGCUCACGGCUGGGUUUGGGUCUGAGGGGUCUGCUAGGGCUACUCAUACGCAGUCGUCGGUUCCUUUGCCUUCUGCUACGAAGGCUGAGUUGUUUUAA